GAAAAAAGUGUUAUGUGGUUAUGCUGAAUUUGCUUGUUCAGCUUAGCAGCUUUUAAACUUAAAUAUGACCAGGACACACUAGUCUACAAAUGAUAAAUUCCUAGAAUCAUCAAGAAAAUACCAGCAACGAGAAGAAGAGAAAGACAGCAGACUAGCUCACUUUUAGAUGUCUUAAAAUUCGUACAGAAAGUUGCUCUUUAGACAGAAGUCCAUAGGAGGGCAGAGUUCAUUAGUCCUAUGGUUCACUUGUUUUUUAAUUGCUACAGUCAGCUCUUAGAAUUAUUUUUCUAAGAGACUGAUGUUGUAUGAAACUUAAGCAAGAUGUGGAACACACUCUUGGCAUAUCUCAGAGUGCAUGAGGCUGUACAGGAAGUUCUCUGUAGGCUCUAUAAAUACUCAGUCAAACAGACAGUAAUCUCUCUCUCUCUUCUUCAGAUUUCUACUGCAUGCCUUGGAUACAUGCUCCUAAGCAGAUUACGGGCUUUCCUUGACCUACGCUUCUUUUCCUAAUGCUGAUCUGACUAUGGCUGUCCUCAAAGUAAAAUUCACCAAAACUAAGAGGGACAAAUUGGCUCAGAUCCUAUGGAUCCUCAACUGGGUUUCUGUAGUGAGUGGGAUCAUUCUCUUCAGUCUUGGCCUCUUUCUGAAAAUAGAGAUCAAGAAGCGCAACGAAGUGAUGGCAAAAGGAGACAUUAACUCUGUCCCCAACAUGCUGAUCUCUGUAGGGGUCAUAGCAUGUAUCAUCAACUUUCUGGGUGGCAAAAUCUGCUAUGACUGCUCAGAUGCCAACAAGUUCUCUCGAUGGAAACUAGUUAUGCUCCCAUAUAUUGUGUGUACCUUCUGUUUUACCUUCUGCAUCCUGAUGGGUGCUCUCAUGUGCUAUACCAUGAGGAAUGAACUGGAAGAAUCUCUCUAUCUGGGAUUGAGGGAUGCUAUUAAGUUCUAUAAGGACACUGACAUACCUGGAAGAUGUUUCUUAAAGAAAACAGUGGAUAUGUUGCAAAUUGGAUUCCAGUGCUGUGGAAACAAUGGCUUUAGAGACUGGUUUGAAGUUCAGUGGGUAUCUGCUCGUUACCUGAAUAUGGCUUCCAAGGAAGUUAUGGACCGUCUAAAGAGUAAUGUUGAUGGGAAGUUCUUGGUGGAUGGAGUACCCUUCAGCUGCUGCAAUCCAAGUUCCCCACGGCCCUGUAUCCAGUACCAGCUGACAAACAACAGUGCUCACUACAAUUAUGAUUUCCUGACAGAGGAGCUCAAUAUCUGGGUGAAGGGGUGCAGAGAGGCCCUGCUGGAUUACUACACAGCUAUUAUGAGAUCCAUUGGUAUUGCAGCAUUGCUUAUUUGGUUGUUUGAGCUCUCUGUACUUACUGGUGUCCGGUACCUACAAACAGCAAUGAAGAAUGUUCUUUUGCUAGGAGACCUGGAGGGUGAAUCCGAUGGUUGGUUACUAGAAAACAGUUUUGUGGAAACGGCCAAAUACAACAUUAAUAUCAUUAAGAACCUUGGCAAAGCCAACCAGAUCUCCACUGUCUCAGGCCUGAAUGAUCCCAACAUUGAUGUUCAAAACACAAACUGUGGCAAAAACGAUGUUGCAACAAAAUCUAUCCCUGAAGCUAGCUAGACAAUCCAUUCAGAGAAAUCAUGUCACAAGUGUUUCUUUGCUGUAUUACAACCUUUGAUACAAGGGUUUUUUUUUUGUUUGUUCGUUCAUUUUGUUUUGUUUUACUUGUGGGGAAAAGAGAAAAAGUGGUAUGACAACUGACAAGAAGAUAAACUGGUCAUAGGAACAAAAUACUGAUACUUCUUUGGCCAGGUGUAUUUUCUCUUGUGAAAUCCCUGAUUUUCAUACCUUCACAAAACAAUCUUUUGAAAUUUUCCCACUUUGUCUCUUCCAACUUAGAUAUUUCUGUCAUCUGAAUAUGUCAGAAUAAUGAUUAUGCACAAAAAAGACUAUCAGUUUGGAUAUCAGACUGUUCCACAUAGGAUUGGUCUACUUUAUAUCAACAAAGUUUGUCAUUAAUGACACCUCUAUUGAAAUCCCAGCAGCAGGGAAAUUUCAAAAGAAAUUACUACAUUGGAUAAAAAGAGAUUCUUUAAAAUAGCAAAAACUUUAAAAUGAAAACUGUGUUUAAAAAGUCCAUAUUAGGAUACAAAUACAUGUACGUUGUUGCCCUUCUAAAAACUUAAUAGCUAAGUGAAAUUGAGUUAAAGCCAAUUUAAGUUAGUUAGUAGACUGUAUUUGACUUAAAAAAAAUAAAAAUAAAAAUAAAAAUAAAUGAAGUACUUCUUAAUUUUUCCCUAUAGUUUAGAGAAAGCCAACUGCCAUACAUCCCCAGAAAGCUAGUGGGUGCUUCUAAGAGAGCUAGUUCCCUCUGCUCAAGAAAACUAAUUGACAGCUCAUGCUAAGUUUAUGAAAAUUCCAAGUACAAUGUGCUAACACACAUUUAAAGAAGAGCAAAUACCUGAUACAAAACAAAUGCUAAUGAUCCCUGAUGAUUAAAGAGUUCAAUUUCAAAAGUAGUUACAUAGAUCCAUAGGCUCAAACACAGAUUAUUUGGAACCAACAAAGACAAAGACAGAUUGAAAGCUCUCCCAUCGUGUUCCAAGGAUAGCACUCGAAGUUUUUUAUGUCCGUGUAUGCAGCAAAAGCAUUUCUAUACUUGUAGUUACAGGAUAUCAUAUGACUAAUUCAUCAUUAAUGGUAUGAUUGUAAGCAGAAAAAACAUACAGGACAGAGGAUAGAAGACCAUAUAAAAAAUAUUUCUUGCUAACUGUUGUGAAUAAUACAUUGCUUGAAUAUAACUUUGGAAAGCUCAUGCAUUUUUUGUAUAUAAUGAAGUAAAAGGAGUUAUCCUGUCACAGUGAUACUCAAAGCAGAACUACUUUGCUUUUGCAAUCAUACAAAAAUAACAGUAAAAAUUCCUUUACCUGUCCAAACGUUGUUGUUUUCUGUGACACUAGAAUAAUGCUUUAAGAAUAUAUUGUAAAUAAACAGUGUAAUGGAAAAAUCUAUACUGUAAGUCAAGCAAGCUAUACGCAUGAUUGUUAUUCCAAAUGCAGUCACAUCGCUGCUGAAAAAAUUUAGGCCUAUAUUUAAGUUUGUUAAAAAUAAAAAUGGACAGAUAGGUUCUGUCUGUAGUAGUAACCCAUAGCAAAGGUUUUGCAAAAGGCACAUGAGAAGCAAGACUGUUAGAAAAUAGUUCUCUCUGACAGUCUCCUAACUUCCUGGAAACAGCAGUUUGUGAGCUUCGUUUGACAAACAUUAUAUAUCUAUCAAUGUGUUUUAAUAGCUCUCUACAGACUUUUCUUAUGAAUUUGUAUAGCUUUUUUUUUUUAACCCAUUCAUGGUUUUGAUGUCCAAAAUACAUCAAUGAGCUUGAAAUUUUAGUUUCGUACAAUUUGAUUCUGCAUUUCUUGAAAAAGUGAUUAUCUUUGCUUGUUGACUCUGUGACAACUUAAUAGGUAUCCCCUAAAUCUUGCUGUAAGAUGCAACCAAUAGUCAUUCUGUAUUUUUUUCCUCCAUGCCAUUCCUGAUUUUACUAUCCUCUAUUAUAAUCUCUCUUGGUCAUACCUUUCUAAGUGGAAGAAGCUGAUAUUUAAGAAUAAAAGAUUAAAUCUUUUAUUCUAUGGAAAUUACCUUUGACAGUUCUUGUAACUCUUCUCCAUUAAUUAGUUUUAAACAAGUAACACUGCAUGCGUAUAACUGGGGACGUUAUGCAUUAAAUAGGUCUUCUGUGCUUUUCCUAAGAUUUCCCAUUAUUUCUUGCUUUUGUUGACUGUUUGAGCACUGAGAUAGUAUUUUUAUGUAUAGUUCUGUGAAAACGUUAAGAGAAUUUUGAUACUAAUAUAAAGCCCUAUUGUGAGAUGUCAGUUUUUGCAUAAGCUGGUGUAUCACUCCUUCAACUAUUUCUGAGAGCCAAAAAUAUUAUUUCCACACCAGUCUGUUGUGUUGUUUCUAAGACUACCUAAUGUCCUUAGGCUCGAUCCUGACCCCCUUUCUUUCCCUUUCUUUCCUAUCUUUCAAUGUGAUAAUGGUAAAAUUUCAAAGAGCUAUAUUGUAAGAUUGUUAUUUUUGUUUUUUUCUGGCUUUUAUUUCUCAUUCAACUAAGAGAAACCCAUCUGUCUCAUGUUCUAAAAAGAAUAUUAUUUGUCUCAUGUUUAGAACUCCUGUUUCUUUCUAGAACAUGAAAGGAAAUCAACAUCAGUGGCUCUGGGAAAUGCAAUCCAAAAGGAAGCAGGUGUGGUCUCUUGUUGCUGCAGAACACUGAGCACAACAGCUUCCUGAGCCUUACUAGAAGCACUAAAAUUAGCCGAUACAAUACUGGAAAAGAAUUAACAUAGAAAAAGUCAGUACUUUGAGGGACCACAAGAAAAGGUAGUCAUAUUAGACUGCAAAUUAGACAGACUUUUCAAUGGAAGAUGAUAAAAACGCUUUUUUUUUUUUCAGAUCAGCAAAGUGCCACAUGCUUCAGUCAAUAGCAGUCAUUUCCUUAGUAUGAUUUCAGUCCAUCUACAUUUGGAAAAGCAGCUCUAGACUGCUUAAUAAACAAAUGGUGUAAGAUAAUCAGAAAUAGCUCAGAGAAGAAAAAAAGAAAAACAAAUAAGAUUUGUUUUCUUUAGGAAAAUUUGAUUCAAAAAGACUAAGUAGGAAUAAUAAAAAAAUAAAAUACUUUAAAAAUAAAGUGAGAAAUGGUUCAGCUUGAUGAAAAUAGUUUUAAGACAGGAAAUAAAAGCAUGUUAUUUUAAAAUAAUACUCUGUAUCUUAGGAAAAUUUUCCUGGUGGAAAAAGCACAUUUACCUGUGGAAGCAGAUGAAACUUGACAUCCUGUGCCAUUUAAAAUCUCUCUAGAUUGUCUAUUUAGCUUGCAGAAUUAUAACAGCUGUGAGCUUACUCCUUUGAUAACUCUCUAGUGGAGGUCCCUAUUUGUCAAGAAUCUGCUCUGAAAAAUAGAUUCAUAAGAAGAGUGAAUUAAAAUGAUUAUCUAGACUGAGUAUCUCUAUAAAAUGACACAUUUAAUGCAGCAAGUGCUGUAACACAUUAGCAUGAACAGCAGUGGUAUAAAUACCUGGCUACACAUCUCCCCUGGUCCACACACAUUUACUUUCAUAUGAAGAGAACACAUUUUACAAUAAAAAACUAAGUAAUAUUUGCUACGUUAACCUUUCUCUCUCAGAGAACUGCAAAAGCUGAUGAAAUGACUGGCUGUAUGAAAAUUUAUGAAAUUAACUGAGUAUCAGGAUGUAUUUCACAGGGAACAGUUGCUGUCUUAUUACUGAUUAUUACUAGUAAUUACUUAGACAUUAGACUGCUCAUUUCUAUGCUGCCUAGGUAUUUAGAGUCCACAGACACAGAUGUAUUAUGAAAGGAUAACAGCUCAUUUCACAGAACUGAAGACAAAUUAAAUCUAUCAAUUUGAAAACCUCAGCAAUAUUGACUGAUUAUUGUUACUUCAAUAUAAGUGCUAAAAUAAGUGCUUUCUUCUUUGCUUUCUAUGUAUCAUUUUCCUCAGCAAAAGUGCAUGCUAAAUAUCUAACUUGCUUUAUAGCAGCUGUCAUAAUCAUUUGGGUUUCCUGGAGUGUUUAAAAUUACAGCCACUGUAUCCAGAAAAUAAACUCAGGUAGCAGCACAGACUCUGUCUUUAAUUCUCUGCAGUUUAUAAAGACAAAGAUGGCAUUAGCAAGCAAAGCCUGUAAGCCGAAGCAUCUGCUCAGAUACAGAAAUAAAUACGAUUU